GUGUGAGUGGACAAGGAUGUUCUCAAUCUAAUUCAACCUCACCCACAACUACAUCAUCCACUCUCACAGCUACUUACACCAUUAAGGUGGUUUAUUGAAUAUUCAGUCUAUUCUAUGCUUGAAAAUUAGAUUUAGGUAUUAUUGAGUUCAUAAUAAAAUAGUCAAUCAUUAAUAACAAAAUUUUCUCAUAUCAAUUAAGAUAAAACAAAACAAAAAUUUAUUAUUAUAUAUGCAAAUAUUGUUUCAAAUGUAGAAAAGAAAAAAAUCAAAGACAAACAGUUCUUUUAUUGAAUAUGUAAAAUAAUUAUGUCGAAGCAAAUGCAAAUAGUCAAAAUGUAAUCGAAAUCGAAACUAAUCUAAUACAUCUGGCUUAAUAACUGAUGAUCUUGUUAUAGAUUUAUCAUAAUCUUAAUCAUAUUUCGAAUUUCACAAUUCAACACAUUUUUCAUUCGAUGAGUGAAUAAAAUAAUUGAUUAUAGACCAUAUACGUACGAUUUUUUAAUUCAUGAGCAACAAUAAUCAAAUGAAAAGAUUUUAUUUCGCGAAGAGAAUUCUUUUGGUUCUGAAGACUGAUGUAAAAAAUACGACGAAAAGAAAUAAAACAAUGAAGCACAAACAUGAAAAUAUACGCUUCAAUUUUUCUUGGUUCUGUUGAAUAUCUGACGUGCUCAAUAAAAGAAUACAAUCAAUUUUUUAUAUAUAGUGAAAUAAUUAGUACACAUUAAAUUUAGAGAUAUUCAUAAAUUAAUUAGAAUAAGUAAAAGCUUAGACUUUAGAAUUAAUUUGAAUCGGUAUUUAAUAACAUCCAAUUUUGUCAGAAUAUGUUUACUUUUUAAAAUUCCUACUUGCGAAUUUAAUUAAUAGAACAAAACUACCUCGUCUUCGCCUGCCUUCCGAUUGUGACAUACAAUUCAUCCAUCUCUAAUAAACAAAGAAUUUCUCAAUCGAACACACAGUCUGUUACACUUUUUUUCUAUUCUCUAGACCAAUCUUUUGAUUAGAUUGAUGAAUUGUGUUUACUCAAAAUAUGAAAUUUACAUUAUAUGUCCGAAGCCGUUCAAAUGAAGUCAUUAUUGAUUAUUUUUACUAUAUAAAAUAUACAUAAUUUUACUUUAUUCAAUUCAGAUCGAAAUUAGUGACCAAUCCACUGACAUUACAUAUAAUGACAUAUCGGCAAUACUCCGACUGGUCAUCGGAUCCAGCAUCGACCACACAUGGAAGUCAUUUACCAAUCGAACGUAUUGUUUGGACAGAUGAUGAUGAUAAUGAUCGAGUUGAUCAAAAGAAGUCCUUUGCCUGGUAUUGGUGUUUUAGAUGUUGUAUUGUUGGAUCAUUACUAGCUGGAAUAGGUUUAGCUAUUGUACUUACAUUCUGGUUGACGUCAAAAACAACUUCAACUGAGACAUUAGUUGUAACAACAUCAUCAUCUAACUCAUCAAGUAGCUUAUCUGUAUCAACCUCACUCGUUACUUCGUCGAAUACAUCAUCAACAUUAACUUCAAUUUCUACUUCAUCCAAUACACCAUCUGCAUCAACCUCAAUUUCUACUUCAUCCAAUACACCAUCCGCACCAACAUUACUUUCGUCAUCUUCAGUAGUAACAAGUACAACAACGACUCUGCCCAUAUGUAACACUACUUGUCUCAAUCAAACUUGGUUAUCUACAGCGUCAAUCUUGGCUAAAUGGCAUUUUGAAAACAACUAUUCUGAUGACACCACUAUGCAUAAUGGCGUUGCAUCAGGUAGUCCUAAUCUUACAUUCGUUCAAGGUUACGCUGGUCAAGCCAUUUCAUUCGUCGCUAAUUCUAAUCAAAUGGUGUCGACUUCGUAUAUCCCUUUGGCAAAUAUAAGCUUUUCCAUCGAUGCUUGGAUUUAUCCAACUGGUCUGACUAACACAUUAUACCAGAGUAUUUGUGGUAUCUGCCCCACAGCAGCAGCCGAUCGAUGUCUUCAUAUGACACUUCGUCUGACCACCUCGAUCUAUCCACUUUACUUUGGCUUUUAUGCUGAUGAUGUCAAUACCAAUACACCAGCCACUUUGACCAAGAUUUGGUUGCAUGUAGCUUUCGUAUAUGAUGCCAAAAACCGAACAUUAUCUGUCUAUCGUAACGGAAUUUUUCUGUCAGGAGGCUCAACCUCUUCAGGAUUGAAAGCGACCAGUGGCAGCUUUCAAAUUGGUAAUCUUCCUGUUUUGGUACCGACUAUCAAUACAUGGCAGGGUUAUAUUGACGAGCUGUCCGUUAGUGGUCGACUAAAGUCUGCAUGUGAAAUUUUGGAACAGGCUACCUUGGCGGCUCGUUUCAGCUUCGAUGGCAGUUCACCACUGCUUGAUCUGGGACCAAAUUCAGUUUCAUCUCUUGCUUCAAAUUAUGGUCUGGUUAGUGGUCGAACUCUACAAGCUAUUUCAUUCAUGGGCAUAUCCUCCUCAUUCUUCCAAGCAUCAGGUUUUCUCGCUCUUGGCAUAGCCAAUCACCCAUUCAGCUUUUCAUUGUGGGUGAAACCACAGUCACUGGCGGGGACAAUCAUACACAUAUCGACCAAUAGUUCAGGCAUCGGUUUUUGUGCUCCUUUUAUCGGUUUUGCAUCAAAUGGUUCAUUAAUAGUUCAGAUAAUGACUAAUACUAGUUACGUGGCUGUAUCGUAUUCGAGUCUGUCACUGACUGAUUUUACUCUUAUUGUUCAGACGUGGAGUUCAACAAAUGGACUUCGAUUGUAUAUCAAUAGUGCGUUGGUUGGAUCAAUAGCAGCGGCAACUUAUCAGACUGCUUCGACUUGGGUCAAUUAUGUGACACUAGGUAGCUGUUUGAACGGCUGUAUAAGCUGUUCCGCAGUUCCAGGCAAUCAAGUAUUGCCAGGUGCAUUUGAAGGUGCUGUGGAUGACUUUCGAGUAUACAGUCGUGAAGUGACAGCAAGUGAUGUAUGUAAUUUAUACGUGUAUAGCUAA